UGCACAAGGACGUGGACCCAUACCAACGAGGAGAUUGAUCGACGAUCGACAUCUAUCAUGGCGGACGUGCAGGAACAGGAGGAUCGGAAGAAAUUGGAAGAGGAGUACUGGUACCCUAACCAAGAGGAGGUCGAACAUAAGGGUUGGAAUCCUGAUGACUAUUUCCCUGCAAGGAACUGGCGAACCGACGACAUCACAUCUAUCCCUCCCAUGUGUUACACCGACCAUAUUUCCAGCUUCAAUCACCCCAGAAGUAGUCUGCAGAUUGUAUCUAUAAGAAUUGCUUCAAUAAGAGGAGGUCUACGUUGGCCCAUCCAUGUAUAUGGCAUGGUCACCGCGCGCGAUGUCUAUGACAACCGUAAGCAUGUUGUUAUCUAUGCCCGUGCAAGGGGUGAUUGUCAGACUAUCACAGAGGAGCAUCCGUAUCUCUUACUCACAGGUCCUACACGUGCUGUUCUCACCUGCCAUGACCCCGGGAACAUUGAGAUCGUGCUCAAGGUUGAAGGUGAAACUGAAUCUCAAGACAGAGACUUAAGUUCUCUUGUCUUGACGCUAAAUCAGUAUCGUUCUUUUCGGGGAGACUACCCUAGCAAGCGCAGCACACUCGAGUUAGGAUUCCACCAUAUUGAGAGAGCUGUGGAGGCAACAAUCUGUGUGCGAAUCGAUGGCGGAUCAGUGUUGCCCCCAGGUGGUCUUCAAGGUGUGUUCACCGCAAGUACAGCCAGCAUACAAGAUGUGGAAAUUUUGUUGCUUGCUUUCAGAGAUGGUAAACUACCCCUCGCCGACGAUGGCACAAUCAACCUUUCACGCCGUGUUGUCUCUGUCGGAUACAGUAGACAAGAUCAAAAAGAUCAUCUCAAGGUCUCCGUCGUGGCAAAGUGUGCUGAGGAUGGACAUGAUGCUACAAGAGAUGACAUAGUUUUUACGCCAAAGACACGUGGCAGAAGUUGGGGUGUGUUUCAUGUCGGCGCGUAUAAGAUGCAAGUCACGGUUGCCUGGUCUCUAUUCGAUUUUUAAUUACUAACUAUACUAUAAUAUGUGUGUUUCAUCUCUAGGUCUCUGUCGGGUAUAAGAUUGAUCUGUAG